AUGUCGUCCUUGUUUGAUGCCGUCCUCCAGUCCGAGCUGGGCUCUGGUGCCCAUGACAACCUCAUGUCGGAUAACCUGCCCAGUUCACGACGUUCGGAAAGCAAUGGUCCCAUGAGUGACAUGAACAUCUUGCCGGAUGAUCAGGUUGUCGGUGCAAGCUCAUCCGCUACGAACCGUUUGCGCAAUCCUUACGCCCCUGGUCCUCCCCCGAUCGUCGACGAGACUGGCGAGUAUGUGCGGACUCAAUUCGAGUUGAUGCUCGAGACUUUCGUAGAGCGGAAAGACAGCAGAGACAAAGACCCUUCUUCCUCGGCACCACAGUCAUCCGGGGAAGUUCUCAGUGACAAAUAUUACAUUGCUCAGAUCAAGGGCAUGACGAAAUUCGAACUGUCCACCCUCUACGUCGACUUUAAUCACCUUCUAGCCUUUGGGAACUCAGCCUUGACUGAGUCCAUUUCCACCAUGUACUACCGAUUCCUGCCAUUCCUCACCAAAGCUCUACACAAUAUGGUUGCUAAGUACGAGCCUGAAUACUUUGUCUCUCACCGAUUGGCCUCGUCCGGCACCACUCAUUCCAGUGCCUCGGUGGCAUCAGCGUAUGCGAGUGCCAACGAAAACCCGGACGUCGAGCGUCAGCUUCGCCAGAAAACCCGUCACCAGCAGACCGACAAAUUGUUUGCCCUCGCAUUCUACAACCUUCCCCUAGUAUCCCGCCUUCGACAGCUGCGAACGAAGCAAAUCGGCAGACUGCUUUCAAUAUCGGGAACUGUGACCCGAACUUCAGAAAUUCGGCCCGAGCUAUCGCUGGGAACAUUCAUCUGCGAGGCUUGCAAGUCCGUGGUGCCCAACGUGGAGCAGACCUUCAAAUACACAGAGCCCACUGAGUGUCCCAACCAACAGUGUGGCAACCGACAUGGCUGGCGCCUGGAUAUCGGCAAGAGUACUUUCGUCGAUUGGCAGAAGGUCAAGCUCCAGGAGUCAUCUCACGAGAUUCCAACUGGCAGCAUGCCCCGUACGAUGGAUAUCAUCUUGCGCGGAGAGAUGGUCGACCGCGCCAAGGCUGGCGAGCGUUGUAUCUUCACCGGGACUUUGAUCGUUGUGCCAGAUGUUAGCCAGCUGGGUCUGCCAGGUGUGCGCCCCGAGGCUGUGCGGGACAACGGUUCCUUCCGGGGAAGUGAAGUCGGUGGAGGUGGUGUUUCCGGCCUCAAGGCUCUUGGUGUGCGCGAUCUGACCUACCGCCUGGCUUUCCUCUCCUGCAUGGUCACCCCCGAUACCACAACCCCGGGCCAAACCCCUGAACAACAGCUCGGUGGACAAGCCAACAACAUCCUGGCUUCCCUCAACCAAAACAUUGAUACUGACAUGAACGACGAGAAGGCGCAGGAAGCUUUCCUCGCGAAUAUGCCUGCUCCAGAGGUCGAGUCUUUAAAGGCAUUGGUUCAUACCGAAUAUAUCUACCAGCGAUUGAUUAACUCGAUCGCCCCCAUGAUUUACGGUCAUCAUCAGAUCAAGAAGGGUCUGUUGCUGCAGUUGAUCGGUGGUGUUAGUAAGAGAACUGCUUCAGAGAGCCUUCAAUUACGUGGUGACAUCAACAUUUGCAUUGUGGGUGACCCUUCUACUAGCAAAAGCCAAUUCUUAAAGUACAUCUGUUCUAUGCACCCUCGUGCUGUUUAUACUAGCGGUAAAGCCUCCUCCGCUGCUGGUUUAACGGCUUCGGUGGUCAAAGACGCAGAGACGGGCGAGUUCACCAUCGAGGCCGGUGCCCUGAUGCUUGCUAACGGUGGCGGCAUCUGUGCCAUCGACGAGUUCGACAAAAUGGACAUUGCCGACCAAGUCGCCAUCCACGAAGCCAUGGAACAACAGACCAUUUCCAUCGCCAAGGCCGGCAUCCACACCACCCUGAAUGCGCGAGCCUCCAUCCUCGCCGCUGCCAACCCCAUCGGUGGCCGGUAUAACCCCAAGCACACCCUGCGCCAGAAUCUGAACUUCAGUGCCCCCAUCAUGAGUCGAUUUGAUGUCUUCUUCGUCGUCCGCGACGAUCCCAAGGAAUCGGUCGACCGCAAUCUUGCCGAACACAUCGUCAACGUGCACAUGAAUCGCGACGAGGCCGUCGAGCCAGACCUCAGCACCGAGCAGCUGCAGCGCUACAUCCAAUUCGCGCGCACCUUCCGCCCCGUCUUCACGGAGGAGGCCAAGGCGGUGCUCGUCGAGAAGUACAAGGAGCUCCGCGCGAACGAUGCCCAAGGCGGCAUGGGCCGCUCGUCAUACCGGAUCACGGUGCGUCAACUGGAAUCCCUCAUCCGUCUCUCCGAGGCCGUGGCCAAGGCCAACUGUGUCGAGGAGAUUGCCCUAAAAAUUCGUCCUGGAAGCCUACGAUCUGCUCCGCCAGUCCAUAGUCACCGUCGAGAAAGACGAUGUGGAGAUGGACGACGACGAGGUCCCCGCCCCGCCGACAACGACGCCGAGAUGGAAGACCGUGACCGCGAGGGCGACAGCCCCAUGGCCGAAGACGGCGAACCCGCCGCCGCUCGUCCCGCGCAGCCCGAGCGGGUCAAAACCAAGAUUACUUUCGACAAGUAUUCGAAGAUCCUGAACCUGCUUGUUCAGCGGGUCCGCGAAGACGAGAUCCGCGAGGGCAACGGCGUUGGCCACGAAGAACUGCUCGUGUGGUACUUGGAACAGAUCGAAAGCCAGCUCCACAGCGAGGACGAGUACAAGCAGGAGUAUGACCUGGCGACGAAGGUGCUGAAGCGCAUGGUCAAGGACAGUAUCCUGCUACGCGUUUCAUCUAUGGUCCAAGACGGGGAGGCGGGGGCUGCGGAUAACAGUGUGCAUUAUGUGCUUCACCCUAACCUUCCUGUUGAAGAGAUGUAA